AUGCGCCUGUGCUUCGCCAAGCCCUUUGUUGUGGACCGCCCCUGGCGCAAGCCCGGAGAUGUGAUCGACAAGGACAAGGCCUGCCCCCAGGUCAUCGGCACCGUCCCGAUCUCCGCCACCAACAACACCUACACCGCCACCUGGGCGGUCACCAAGUCCACCCCCAAGGCCACGUGGUACGCCCAGGUGUUUGUCGAGUGCAAGAACGGCACCGCGACCGGCUUCUGCCAGUACGACACCAGCGUCAACCAGACCUACGUCGGCACUCAGAUUAUCGAGAGCACGCCCGUCUCGAUGAAGGUGGCCGUCGCGCUGUGCAGCGCCAUCGCGCCCGUGUUCCUGGCCGCCUUCUUCAUCAAGGAGCAGGUGUUGAAGAAGAAGGCCUGA